AUGGAGUUGAGCAACGGGCCCAUAUUUGAUGAGGCCCAAUAUCGCAUUGAUGUCCUUCAUCACCCCUCACCUGAAUCCGAAGCAGCGCAGGCGCAACAUCUAGCUGAAGAAGCCGAACAACUGGGUCUGAAAAUGCCAGAUAUCCAAGUGCCACUAGCUGCCUCGAUAGGCUCAGGAAUGGGCGAUCUCUCCGAGCCAGUACUAUCUUCUGGAUCAUCAACCGAUCGGAAUUCGUGCGGCUCCGUCACUCCGUCCCACGAUCCAUCGUACCCCCUUCCAUCCGUGCUCGAUCAGAUCGUUGCGUCGUUAUCGGACAUCACACUUGCCUCGGAUCGCAUUAAGCCUGGCAGUACGCGAUCGCUGGCUUCGUUGUCUACGCGCCCCACUUCAUUUUGCUCCAGUGAGGGGAAAACGGGCCUGGGGCACGGAUAUAAUGAUCCAUUUGAGGCCAAGUCGCAUCGGCACUCAAUUCUCAGCGUCGCCUCUGCCGACAAGAAGGAGAAGCGACGGAGCAGCUUGAAGUCUGCCAUUGGGAGAAUCAAUUUCCGCAAGAAGCGCACGUCCUCGGCCCUUGUCUUACCCUCGGAUCCGCGCAUGACUGUAUCCACCAGCGAUAAAGACGUUGAACAUGUUUUCUUCGAGUCUAAACCGGAACCUGAUAAUGAUGCCCAUGAGAAUGUGCCACCCCGUGCGAGCACCGAGGCAUCGCUUCCUAGGUUGGCAAUUCCUCUGUUUAGCAAAGAGAUGUUACAAAGAAGUCUGGACGAUCCGGAGCUAAGUGAGAUGCACGAGCGGCAUCGGAUGGAAAGGGACCGACAUCUCGCUUUUCAAGAUGCCGCUCUAAGUACCCUCCGGCGUCGGCACCAGACCGCUCUCUCAGAGCAGCAGUCUGACAACCAGCGCCAGGAGGAUGAGAAACGGGAUAAUAAUAUCGAAGCCAUAGCACAAAUCGAAGAGCGACAGCUAGCCGUGGAAAUCGAACAGCAACGCGAAUUCGAUCGAGCCAAAAUGAACUCGCGCACUCGCAUCAAGCAUAUGGAGGGGUUCCUCCGCAACGCCAGCCCACCGCCAUCUCCCGCUGGCACAUCUUCCAGAACAUCGAUCGCAGCCGAGCGAUCAUCGGAAUCGUUCUCGGAAUUCGAGUCAACUCCCCCAGCCCGCGUACUCACUCGCCAACACAUGGAGCAGCUUCAUCAACAAUACCACUCCCACAAAACCAUGGACCAGCUCCACCAUGCCCGUAUCAAGGUGCUUCGUGACCGCCAAGAACUCAAGCUGCAGGAAGCCACAGCGCGUAUGGAAAAGGAAUUGGAUGAAAUGUGUAACCGACACGCGCAGGAUAUUGCGACCUUGCGAACCAAGCACCAACAAGAAGAAGCCGCUCUCAUGCAAGCCUUGGAUACGAAAGCGACGACUUUGCGACACCGCUGGUAUUUGGAAGCGGCUGUCCUACGUCGCCAUUUGGAGGUGCGACAUGGCCAAUCAUAUGGCCCUUUGCCGCAUCUCACAUUCACAAACCCCAACACUCCUGCUGCCGGACACUCACCACUCGAAACUUCAACCCCAGAUACAAUCCAUCCCAGCCAGGAUUGCAAGCCUCUUUAA